CACACUGCCGGCACCAUGUCGGGCACCCGGGCGUCCAACGAUCGCACCAGCCACCCCGGCGCCGGAGGCGGGCUGAAGCGGGCACGCAGCGAGCCGGGCGGUAACAAAGUGACGGUGGUGCUGGGGGCGCAGUGGGGGGACGAAGGCAAGGGGAAGGUGGUGGACCUGCUGGCCACCGAGUCGGACAUCGUGUGCCGCUGCCAGGGUGGCAACAACGCAGGUCAUACUGUGGUUGUCGACGGGAAAGAAUAUGAUUUCCACCUGUUCCCUAGUGGCAUUAUUAAUCCAAAGGCAAUUUCUUUUAUCGGUAAUGGAGUGGUUAUACAUUUACCAGGCCUGUUUGAAGAAGCUGAAAAGAAUGAAAAGAAAGGUUUAAAAGAGUGGGAGAAAAGACUGAUCAUAUCAGAUAGAGCACAUAUAGUGUUUGACUUUCACCAGGCAGUAGAUGGGCUCCAAGAAGUGCAACGUCAGGCCCAAGAAGGAAAAAAUAUUGGCACGACGAAGAAAGGGAUUGGACCAACGUACUCUUCCAAAGCUGCACGAACAGGCCUUCGAAUUUGUGACCUCCUUUCUGACUUUGAUGAAUUUUCUUCAAGAUUUAAAAAUCUGGCACAACAAUACAAGUCAAUGUUUCCAACACUGGAAAUAGACAUAGAGGGACAACUGAAAAAGCUGAAGGGUUAUGCUGAAAAAAUAAGACCCAUGGUUCGAGAUGGUGUGUAUUUUAUGUAUGAAGCUCUUCAUGGCUCCCCAAAGAAGAUUCUUGUUGAAGGAGCCAAUGCAGCAUUACUUGAUAUUGACUUUGGCACGUACCCUUUUGUGACUUCAUCAAACUGCACUGUAGGCGGUGUAUGCACAGGACUUGGUGUUCCUCCCCAGCACGUUGGUGAUGUGUAUGGUGUUGUGAAGGCAUAUACUACUCGGGUGGGAAUCGGAGCCUUCCCCACUGAGCAGAUUAACGAAAUUGGAGAUCUUUUACAGUCCCGUGGCCACGAGUGGGGAGUAACUACAGGCAGAAAGAGGCGCUGUGGCUGGUUAGAUCUUGUCAUUUUGAAAUAUGCUCAUAUGAUCAACGGAUUCACUGCCUUGGCAUUAACAAAGCUGGAUAUUCUGGAUGUCCUUGAUGAGAUUAAAAUUGGCGUUGCUUACAAAUUGGGUGGAAAAAGAAUUCCAUAUUUUCCAGCAAAUCAGGAGAUACUGCAGAAGGUGGAAGUAGAGUAUGAAACGAUGCCUGGGUGGAAGACUGACACAACGGGUGCACGAAAAUGGGAGGACCUUCCAGCCAAGGCCCAGAAUUACAUUCGAUGUGUGGAAAACCAUGUUGGAGUGCCAGUCAAAUGGGUCGGAGUUGGAAAAUCAAGAGAGUCAAUGAUCCAGCUGUUUUAAGCAAAGGAAGAAGUUCAGUGAUCUGAAGCACAAUUCAGUGUUUGCUUGUUCCUUACUGUUUCCUCUUUAAAUAGAGAUGCUAUUUAAAACCAACAUGUUCUUCUAGGAAUUGAAUAGAAACAAAAUACCUAUCCUGUAUUGUAACAUUUUAUUUAUCUUACGUGUCUCGCUAAUUUCAGUGUAAAAUCUGUUUGGUGGCCAUCAUCAGAAAGAAGAAAUCAAAACAGUGCAUAACAAAAUAAGGAAAAGAUCAGAUCCAUAUAUUUUUUUAAAUUUGAGACAUUACUAUUUGAAAGUAUUUUACGUCAGAAUAGAGUUAUUUCUUCUUGAUGAAACUGGUAUUAAGAUUUUUCCAGUAAUUACUGGGUGAUUUUAGAGUUGCGAAGAUUGAAUUUUUUUCUUCCACUUCAAGUGUUAAAAUAGGUCUUUGGGUUGGCAGCAAUAAGACAUAUACAGUGUUCUUGGAGUGGUAGGAUUAUGCAGAUUUUCAGUUUGUGAAACACAGUAAAGUGAGGUAUUUCUGACUGUGCAAAGCAAACACAAUUAUCUAUAAUUUUGAUAUAACUAUUUUUUAUAGCCCACUGAAAUGAAUGGAGAGAAGCUAAAAUAUUUUUUUUAACACAGAGCUUAUUCUAGUCACUGAAAUAACAUCUGCAGAGGGGCCAAACUGGAGAAGGUGGUCUAAUAACUCUUUUAAAUAUCCAAUGUACAAACAGGCAAUCCUUGAAGAGACUGUCAGGUGUGCAGUCUUUGUUUUAAGCAGUAGGGAAGGAGUGAAUGACAGUGGAAGGAAGAGAGUCCUCGGGGUGCAGAACUUGUAAGGAGGGUGCAGCCAAAACAACGUGCAGUGGUUUAGUGAACCUGAGACGUUUCUUCCUGCUCAUGCAGUGAUUGUGAUUUCCAGAGUUUUACUGUAAGUGUCUGUUGAGGAACUUGGGACUUGCAGCUCUGUGUGGCACACUUGCUUCUACAGCUCCCAUGUUUCCCAGAAUAAAUCAAUGCAUGACUUAACGAUGACUGCUGUGGUAUUUACACCCCUCGCACAUUUUGACCUUCCUCAGCAAAAUGUAAUACCUAAUUAUAGAAGGGGAUGACAUGUGGCAGCCAGGCUUGUGACAUGUAGAAGCCAUGGAGAGGUCCCCAGAACCUUCAAGAAUACACUUGGAUUUCUUUGUGGGUCUUCUAACUUUUAGUAGUUAAGCAGCAGGAGCUCUCAAAAAAGGCCUAGAGGAAGAAUAUACUAGAAGCCAACUUAUUCCAUAACUGAAAUCUUCAGAAUAGAUGUUUCUUUUCUACGUAUGUCUCAGAGAGCUCUAACAAUAUUUUUGUAUCAUUCCCAUAGGCUGUGGAAAAAUGGCAUCACAACCUCAGUAGUGCCAUUGUGCAAAGUGUGAAAAUACCCCUUUUGAGAUAAUAACUCAAAGGAUACAGAAGGAUAACAUUCUUUGCCUAGGAGAAUUCAUGGCCCAAAGCUGUGAAUCCUGAAUUCAGACAGAACUCCUCUGUUAGUCUUUGGCAAGUCAUUUAAUUUCCCUGUUACUGUUUUGCAGUCUGUAAAAUGUCACAUGGUAAAACUUCCUCACCUGUUUUACAGUGUUGUGGGGAGCUCUGUGGCUCAAAUCUGCAGUCCUCGUUCUAACAUAGAUGAGGCAGCUCUACCCUUCAUACUGAUGAGAGUUAAAAUGAAAAAGAUUUCUGACCUUAUUUAAUGUUUAUGAAGCACUUCUGGCAGGUGCUUGCUAAGUGCUAAUUAGUACAAGCACUGUGAAAUGUACCUCAUUUAUAUGAGGCAAUUUAAGUGUAAAGGUUUUUGGAGAUAUAGCAAUAGUUCCAUUUUCACGUAGCUUCACCAUGUGACAUUUACCUACUGGAUUAACCUGACGUAUUCCUUUUCUUGGCCCCACUUUCAUGGGUGCAUUUGUGUUGGGGAUGGCCACUGUAUUUAAGCUUUAGUUAUAUAUAGACCGAGUCCACAAUGACUGCAAGCCACUCUGUUUACUGAAUAACUGGAUUAAAUGAUCAACUCUGAAUGAUGUAAGUGGCAUAUUGAAAAUGAGGAUUUAUAGCUUAAUUUUCACAGGAUUACUGUCUCUUGUUCACCUAAUCUUUUAUUUUCCACUAAGUAUUUUUUUCCAUUAAGUGUCAGAUCCACAUUGCUUGUAUUUGCUUUCAGGGAUUCAUUGAAGCCCCGGUGAUGUUGUCAAUGGACUUGAUACUGUAGGCAAUAAAGUAAUAACUGUGCAUUUCAUUUCACAGCAUGGAUUUUCUAAAAUGAAAUCUCCUAUUAAAUUUUACUUGUGUUGUCGUUAAGCAUGAAUGCAUUCAGUUUUUUAUCACAAAGCUGUUGAACCUACUGAGUGACGUAAUGGUUGGUAAGAACAUUUAAAUGUAAAUUUGCAUUCAGUUUAGCUGUUUCCCAUUAUUUUAUGGAUUGUAUUGUUUGAAAAUUGAUUUUAUUAACAGUCACUGUGACAAAUUUGGCCUCUUCUUCCUUCCCAGCCAAGUGCAAUAAUAAUGAGUGGAAUUGGUUGAUGUGUCAUCCCCUAUGGUGUCCUGAUGGAAGGCUAAGGGUAAAUGUCUGCCAAAGCAACAUAAUUCAUUGUAAAAACUACAGCAUGGUUUUUAAAAGGUAGCAAUGACUGAUUCACUCAUGCACAUUAAUGUGUUCGACAUAGGUACUCACACUUCUCCUUGAUAACAUGGCCUUCAUAGUCAGAUGUGUGUGACUUAAUACAUGCGGUAUAGGAUUUUGAAGCUUUUGUAAUUUUUAAUUUGACUGUAUAUGGUCUUACAGUUCUGGCAUGAUGCACUUUAUGAAAGGAAAGAAAACCAAGCAUUUCCGUAGUAACGUGCGAUCUAUGCUCACAUCUUUCCCUCUGUGCAGAUAUUUCAAGUGAAUUUUGGAUCCACACCUGUUAUUUUGUCCUGAAAAACACAUUAAAAUGAAUUUAAAGUAA